UCCGGGGGCUGAUGGUCUACUGGGGCCUCGGCCUGAGCAUAAAAGGCAGUCGGGGAACUGAGAAGCAGUCCAAGCUUAGCAAAACCCCCCUUUUUACAAAUAAAAUUCCACUGUUUGUUUGUGUAUGAUUGUGAGGAGUUAAGUUCAGGUCCAAAUACUACUUUAUACAUUUACACUGGUAGAUCCCAGGCAGGGAUCGCUGUUUAUACUCUGCUACAUUUACUUACACACUGCUAAAGGUACAAGUUACUAAACGGUUCAUUAUCAAUAGAUUGCUGCCUAACCUUUUUUGGCUUGUAACCGUUUACAAAAACAGUUUGGGAGCCAAGCUGUUAAGAGUACAAACUAACAAAAAAAGAGUAAAUGCCUUAGAUAAAUAACUUUAACAUUGAAGAAAGUAAAAAUAUAUUCCCAAAUAAAGGGUUUGUUUGUUUUUUAAAAAAAGGUCCACCCUAUUAAUCAUUUUACUCCCACGCAGAAUUUAUCUCGUGACUCUUUAGGGGAGGGCAGACACACGGGUAGGAAGAUACUCAAACCGUGCCAUCUUUUUACUGCUGCAGCUGAAACAGCAGCGCAAUGCUAGCGGACAAAUGUAUGCAUUCAAAUGUAGUCAAAUGUGCAACUGCACAUGAUAUUUAGAUUUUGUGCUGCUAUUUUUAGUUAUUUCCCUGUAAAGAAAUGUGGCGUUCUUUUAGUUAAGCAACAGCAACGUGAUUAUCGUGUAUAAAAAAUCUGCUGAGGGAGCCCGUAAAGAGAACUAAGAGCAGUCACUUAACCACUGUUUGUCUUGUGUUUGGCAAGUGCCAUUUCCCCCUCACACACAAAAAUAGAUACACAUUUUUUGCUGCGUGUUGCGAGUAUACCUUCCAAAGGUAUACCAAAUAGUUUCUUGUCAGAGAUGAACUAUAUUUUAGUGGCUGAUUUGCAUUUUUGCAUCGAUAAAAUGGUUCAUAAAUGAUCUUGAAACGUCCCAAAACUGGUUAAAGUGGGCCUAAUAUGCUUUGCUAACAUUCUGCCAUACAUAUAUAGUGUUCUCAUAGUGCUAAACAAGGCCAAAGUUCCAAAUAAUGACAUCAGAGUAUGCAUUACUAAUCCCUGUGAGUCAAAGUUCAGGCUUCAGACUGCUCUAAACACAGUUUCUGUUCUUGUUUUCACUGCUUUUUGCUCUGGAUGAUGUCACUGAAAAAUAUCCCAAUGCUGUUAGCACAGCAGCUCCACCCACCAGCUAUUCAAACCUUUUGGUUGCAAGGAGCAGCCAAUCAGAAGAAAGCUAGCUUAAAGAGAGGGGGAAGGGCGGAAGAUAGUGUAUGAACUAAGGGUCCCUUUUAAACUGAUGGAGGAUUAAUGGACUAAUGGAGGACAGAAAUAAACACAUGCAGGUGUUCAUUUGAGCAUAGCAGGUGUCUGGGUACUAGGCAUGUGGAAGAUCGCAACACCACAUCGUUCCUGGGUUUGCUAGGGUCUGAUAAGUCUCAUUAGAAAUGAGAUAACAAGAAACAAAAGUUGAACAAAAAGAGGAUGACAGCUGUUCAGCGAGUAAGUAAAAAGCCAUCAUUUUAAACUGGUCUACACCCACUAAAGUUUGUAGCUGUGGGUGUGUGCACCUAUAGGCCGUUCAGUCCCUGACAUUACCGUUUCCAUUUGAACCGAAAGUAUUUGAAGAUAAUCUAAGUUGAAGGUCAUCUAAAAGCUUUAAAAUUUCAUCUCAAUUACUUUCAUUUUCUGCUCUGUGCGUGUGUCACGAAGAAGGAGAAAAAAACGAAGCACGUUACAGGCGUCACCUACAUCGAAAAACCACCCGCAGUACUGCUCCUCAUCUCUAAGUGCCCUUUAGUGACAGGUUUUUCCUUGAUCUGGGCUGUUAACCAGUUGCCUGGUCUGCCUGCGCUAACCACGCUAGUUUCACUUCGAUGCCUUGCGCCGUAGUUAUUUCACACAGACUCAGUGCAGGCACCAUAAUGCUCGGCAGUGAAGCAGCACGUGGGAGAGUUUACCGACUUCUCUGCGGGUUUGCACGCUUGCUGUAAAGGGCACUGCAAAAACACUGCUAUCAAGGAUCAUUGAUUAAUUAUGUUAUUCAUAAAAACACAUGGGAGAUUAUACCCGGCAGGUGCUGCCACCGAGCACAAUGUCAUCUGUGUCUCAUCUAAAAAGGUUCCUUCUCCAAUUCUGAUGGCUAUCUAUGCUACAUGCAAAACAGUAACUUUAAUAUCCCCUGGUUGCACUGUGUGAAAGGUAGAGCGAGCAGCAGUUAAAACUCAACUGCGUCGCUGUCAAGAGCUGAUCUGCACUACAGUGUGUGAGAAAACCCAGGCGGAGACAGAACCUCUUGGUGUGAGAACACCAGACUUGUUGGGGAUCGCAGAGAAGCCUGGAGGACUCAUCAGCAAAAACUUAAAACAAAAGAAAUUCUUCCUCUGUCUGGCAUGCCGCAGAGAGUACCAGCUGCACGGGCCACAGCAUGAUGUAACCGGCGGCAUGGACGCUCAAACCAACCUGUCACCAGACUACAAGCAGCUCUCCUGAUACAAGCUUCCUGCUGGUUUGCAAGGCAGCUCAUCUUAACACUGACAUGAAUGUCAGUUCUCCUAAUAUGAACUGCUCCAGUACCAAUGAGAUAAUAGACUACCAGCACCAUUUGUAUGCCGUGGUGUACAGUGUGAUCUUAGCACCGGGCCUGCUGGGCAACGUUCUGGCGCUGUGGGUGUUCAGGGCCUAUAUCAGAGAGACCAAGAAGGCCGUGGUGUUUAUGAUGAACCUGGCUGUGGCCGACCUACUGCAGGUGCUCUCUCUGCCUCUGCGGAUCUACUACUACCUGAAUAACUCCUGGCCCUUUGGGUAUUUCUUCUGCAUGUUCUGCUUCUAUCUCAAGUACGUCAACAUGUAUGCCUCCAUCUACUUCCUGGUUUUCGUCAGCAUACGUCGCUGUGAGCUCAUCAUGCGUCCGCUGUUGUACAACUCGGGUCGACAAAAAGGAGACGUGUUAAUAUGUGGGAUCAUCUGGCUGAUCAUCUGUACUGUCUGCCUCGGAUUCCCUCUGCUGAGACACGAUCCUUCCUUGCAUGAAAGAAAUGACACAAAUAAGUGUUUCACGGAGCUGCCUCUGCGGAAGGAUAUCGGUCCCUCGGCAAUGUGGGCCCUCUUGAUUUUACUAGAGCUGUUCGGCUUCUUCGUCCCUCUCGUUUUGGUGCUAGGCUGCACGUGCAUGACCAUUUGGAGCCUUCGGGAAAAUACAGCAAAUGCUAUUUCUGACAGAGGGGAGAAAAAGAGAGCGCUGAGGAUGAUACUAAGCUGUGCUGUAGUCUUCUUAGUGUGCUUUGUACCGUACCACGCCACGAUGCCUCUCGACCUUAUGGUCAAAGCUAAGAAAGUUACCAGCUGUGACUUUCAGAAACUGGUUCUUCGAAGUCACCCGGUCACACUCUGCCUGGCCAGCCUGAACUGCAGCCUGGACCCUAUCAUGUACUAUUUCACUACUGAUGAAUUCUGGAGGCGACUGAGCAAGCCAGAGAUACCGGAGAGCAUACAUCUCAGCCGGCGUCUGUCCUGUAUAACCGGAGAACAGGACGGAGAGGAGGACUAAACUGCUGGUGGCGACAGCCUCCCUGCAACCACUAACUGAGACUGAAGACUAUGCAAACUUCAAGUUCCUGCAAACUAUGGAAAUAACAUUUAUGCUGAAACGGGAAUGUGAAAAUAUGGAAGUAGAGUUUUAAAAAGUUAUUUUUUUAAACCUAUUUAUUUCUCAAUAAAUGUUUUUUUUCCCUUCCCCCUCUCAAUUUGCAUUUCCUCGAUGAACAGCAAGUAGUGUCAGCAAGUGAAAGAGAGGAAAACCCCGAAACCCAGCGACAGUUUUCCUCCAGAGCCAGUGUUUGGAUAACCUAAUGUCCUUCACAGGACGAUAAAAGGGUUAGUGUUGGUGCCACUUUCACUGGCAUUAUAAUAACAAAGCCGCUGUGACGUUCAGUAGGUAAAGAAAUGCAACUUUAUUCAAACAACAAAGUGGAAUUCAGUUCAGUAGUUGCACACAACAUUGGGGGUUUCCCCGUCUAACAUCUUCUAGUAUUCAAUUAAAAAGCAGAGACAGAAGCCCCAUCUUUACAAACACACUUCCUGUUGAUUGUCUCUCUGUGCAGGCAUCAAGUAGGAAAUCACUGAAAAUGACUUAAAAUGUGCUCGACAGACUUCAGAAAUCAAGGACGACUGUUUUCAUUUAAGCACACGAUGUGUGUGAAGAUCACAGGGAGACUACAGGUAGAUAAUUAGUCAAAUUAGAUAACCGACUGUUUUCAAGUCAAAUUAAGUGAAAUUUCCCUUUAGCUUAUUCAUCGUUAGCUCAUCCCUCUGGUUUAGGAUCACGCAUGAAGCUUGAAACACAAACACAAAAACUGGUCAUAUAUUGUAAGGGUGCUGGACUGUUUCCCAUCAGGCAUGAGACCAUCAGUAACACUAAAGUCAUCACACAGCGGCACUCUGGGGGAUAUCUACAAACAGUGGUGACUGAGAGCUUUGCGUUACCAUCCACGGACAAGCAUGUUACACGUAUACUGUACCAGACAUCUCCAUGCUGACUUGUUCUAUAUCACGCUGUAACAGAAUACAAAUACCUGGUCGAACCUGCACCGUGCACCCGGGUCAGAGCGGCGACAGGAGGCUGACGCAACACACGCCUAAUAUGAUCUCACAAGAAUAUUCAGUAGGAUGACUAAUAGCUCUGGUCUGAAUGUGGCGGGUGUGUUGUUAUAUAGUAACAUCAAUAAGAUCUGUCUGCAGGAAACUACAGCAACAAAACAGAAAGCAACGUAAUAAAUGAAACUUAUAAAUCUAACUUUAGUUUACCGACUUAAAGUUAUAACCAGUA